UCUGUCUCCGCGAAUCCUCGAUUUCUUUCUCUCUUCCUAGAACCAUCUCUUCGAAAAAAGAAGCUUGAAACCCUAAAAGAAUCGUCAUUAUCCUUUGAUUUUUGAUUCUGAGAGAUUGUGUUGGCACUCUUUGGUCUCUUUUCCCUCAGGCUCUGAGGCUUAUGAUUGGUGCUUGCUACUAAAGCUGCUACCUUAGCACAUUAAACUUUGUCAAAAGAUGGCGCUCUAUGGUUCAUUGCAAUUGUACCAUGGCAUUGGCAUGAGUCUUUGCAGAAACCAAGGUUUAUAUAAUCCUUGUUCUCAGAGUGAUAUAAGGAGGAGGCUGCGUAUACCAACGGGUCAUCUCUCAUUAAGUGUUCUGUUGGGGCAGAAUGGUUUCAGCAAUAUUUUACUCUCGGAUUAUCUUCGUAGGCCUAUUUUUUCAGUUCCAUGUAGAACCACCGCUAUUAGGUGUCAUUGUUUAGGUGGAGGAGGCAAUGUCUUUGAACCUGCUGUUAAAGUUGCCACUGUGGUGCUAACAAAGUCACACGGAAUGCUACAACAAUUCCCUCUCGUAUCUAAGUUGGUUCCAGCUGUUUCUGUUCUCAUUUUCUCAGUGUGGGGUUUAGUGCCUCUUGUUCGCCAAGGAAGAAACCUAUUACUCAAUAAGAAAAACGAUAACGGAUGGAAAAAGAGUGGUACAUACCAUGUUAUGACCUCGUAUGUUCAACCCUUGCUGUUAUGGUUAGGAGCCCUGUUUAUCUGCAGGGCAUUAGAUCCUGUUGUUCUUCCAACUGAAGCUAGCAAAAUUGUAAAAGAUCGGCUUUUGAAUUUUGUGAGGUCGUUGUCAACAGUACUUGCAUUUGCCUAUUGCAUAUCCAGUCUUAUCCAACAAACACAGAAGCUCUUCUCUGAAACAAGUGACCCAAAUGAUGCAAGAAAUAUGGGAUUUCAAUUUGCUGGGAAAGCAGUGUAUUCUGCUGUGUGGGUUGCUGCUGUUUCACUAUUCAUGGAGUUGCUUGGUUUCUCUACACACAAAUGGCUCACUGCUGGAGGUCUUGGCACAGUUUUGAUUACUCUUGCUGGCCGAGAGAUUUUGACAAACUUUCUUUCAAGUAUUAUGAUUCACGCAACACGGCCAUUUGUUCGGAACGAGCGGAUUCAAAUAAAGAUUGAAGGUUAUGAAGUCUCUGGUACUGUGGAGCAUGUUGGUUGGUGGUCACCAACGAUCAUAAGAGGUGACCACCGUGAAGCAAUCCACAUCCCAAACCAUAAGUUCACAGUCAAUGUCGUGAGAAAUAUUACUCAGAAAACUCAUUGGCGUAUCAAAACUCACCUAGCUAUCAGUUACUUGGACGUUAACAAAAUAAAUAAUAUUGUAGCUGACAUGCGGAAAGUACUGGCCAAGAACCCUCAAGUUGAGCAGCAGAAGCUGCAUAGAAGGAUAUUCUUAGAGGAUGUCAAUCCAGAAAAUCAAGCCCUUAUGAUACUUAUCUCUUGUUUUGUGAAGACGUCCCAUCGAGAAGAAUACUUAUCUGUAAAGGAAGCUAUAUUGUUGGACCUUCUUAGAGUCAUAAGCCAUCACCGAGCACGUUUAGCUACUCCGAUUCGUACUAUCCGUAAGAUGCACACAGCCGCUGACAUGGAAAACGCACCGUUUGGAGAGUCAAUGUACGGUCCUGGAGGUGGUGCUUCUAAGCGUUCUUUGGUGGUUAUCGAGCCCUCUUACAAAAUAUAUGGAGAAGAAAAAUCAAAAUCUCAAAAACGCGCAUCAAAACCAAGUGCAGAGGAAGAAGACAAGGUUUCCAGUCCAAUGUCCAGAGAGACGCCUUCUUCAGACCCAACAGGAACUAAACCGGUCUCUAAACCGGUAAAGGAUACAUCAGAAGUGUCAGGAGGAGCUGAGAAACCAAAGACCAAGAGAAGUGGUAGCAAAACAAAGUCACCAAAGAAGGAAUCAGAUGGUUCAAGGUCAUCAGUGUCUAGAUCAGCUAUGGAAGAGAAUAUAGUGUUGGGUGUUGCGCUAGAGGGCUCGAAGAGAACACUUCCAAUAGAUGAAGAGAUGCAAUCUUCUCCCAAGGAAACAGAUGCUAAAGAACUCACCGGUGCUGCUCGGAGAUAUAAAGAACAAAAGGAUGGCCAGUCUCAAACAACCUCAUCAAGUGAACUCUGA